UCCCUUUCUACUUCAGAAGCUCGAAGGCAACAAUGGAGUUUUUGGAGGAAUUCGAGAAUUGCUCACGAUUCCUCCUCUAAGCAAAGAAUCCGCACUUUCAGAUCGCGCCUCCCACAAUUUCUCCCCUCUGCCUUCGCCUAUAGUCGCCAUUUUUUUCAACGUCUUCCACAACACGGACGGGAAGAACAUGGAGAUCCAGAGAAGAUUAAGCGCAUAAUCAAAGAGAUUGCAUUUACUCUUAUUCGCAACGAGUUUCAGCAGCCACGCCGAUCCGUCAACCACAGUGGUUACAUCGCGUUGUUAGUUUUGUUCUUCCAAUUUAUUUCAUCUCUCGAUGAAGGUAAGGACUCGGAGGAUUACUCGCCGGCCAGACAAGGGUGCCCAUCCGCCCUUUGCUGA